AUGAAUUCUAGAGAUUUGCCAAAACUGCCCGCAUCAAGAGAUGACGAAUCAGAUAAGAAGAAUAGAGGAACUAUUACCAACAAUGAUGACGAUGAUGAGUUUGAAUUCUACCAUGAAUUUGCAAGAGAAAAUGUGAAAGUAAUAAUACAUUUGAUUACAGAUGAGUUGAAGACAAAAGGUAUGGAUAUAGAGUAUUUGUUUAUACCCUUUAGGAAAGAGCAAACAAACGAAAAACUUUUGAAAUUUCUCAAUAAACUGUUUCCAAUGGCUCAUGGUAAAAAAAUUGGAGAAACUAAAUCAAUAAAAAAGAUAGUUUCUAAUACUGAUUGUUUCACAUUAUUCCAAGCAUUGAAGUAUAUUUGGUGUAGAUUACCAAAUGGUGAAAUUAUUGGAUGGAAUUCUUAUUUAGAAUUCAAAGCUAGAGAAAAAUAUUUAGGAUAUCCACAGAAGGCAUUUUUAGAAAUAAUGCCAAAAUGUUUGACCUCAUCUAACCAUGCUUCAAUCGUUUACGAUUUUUUGGAUUUGAUUGUAACCAUAUCCUCUAACUCAAUUGUGAAUAAAUUAAGUGCAAGAAAAAUUGCAAAGAUGUCUGCAAUUUGGGGUUUCAAUAAUAAACAUUUCCCAGAAAACAUUGAACAAGUAAAUGAAGAUUUCAAGUUCCCAGUAUACAAUGAUAAUUCGAUUCAAGAUGGAAUAAAGCAAUGGUUACCAGCUGCAAAUGCUAUGUUUCAUUUAUUGUUGUCGUUUUUAAGAAGUUUUUUACCAUCAGACGAUAAUACCGGGAAGUCAAAUAGCAAUCUGCCGAAAAAUUUAAAGAAUUUACUCUUAAAUAAUCAUUAUCCACCAAAUAUUGAAAAAUCAACAUAUUCCUCGAGUACUAUACUGACUAUACCUGUUGUAACAUUAAAUACAAAUCAAUUUUCUAGAAAAGCAUGGGAGUUAAUAGAAAGAUGUAAUGAUAUAUUAGAUUUUACCAACCCAGAUGAUUUUCAAGUUCGUGAAGACUAUGCCUUAUUGAAGUCUUUAUUUAGAAAAAAAAAUAACAUGGAAGGAAUAAGCAGAAAAAUGUCUCAAGAAUCUAGGAGAAUUAUGAAAGCAAUUCAGACAAAACAUUCUACAUUUCAAGCAGGUUGGGCAAAAAGAACUUGCCUGUCUGACCCAGCAAAUGUUCUGAAGGAAGAAAUAGAAAUAACAAGAAUUGAUAUUGAUGAUUAUUUUAUCUGGACCUGGUUAUCUUCCAUAUCAUACGAAGAAACGGCUGAAAAAAAGCGAAUAUUUGGUAGAUCCUUAAUAUUGGAGUUUGAAUUCGACGGAUUCAAGAAGUGGGUAGUUUUCCAAGAAUGUGAUAUUAAUGCAAUUUCAUCGAAAAGUACAACUGCGAAGAAACAAGAAGAAGAAAUUGAAAACGAGGAGUCGUAUACUAUGGAUAGUGAUACUUCUAAAGAUUACGAUAAGUUUCAGGAGCAAAAUGCUUCAAAAAUACCGGAAGUUAGAAAUAUUUCCAAUAUUUCAGCUACAUCUAAUUCGAGUAAUGGGAUUUAUCAUACCGUCAUUUCAAAAGAUGCAUUAAAUGGUGGUAACCAUGGAAAACACAAUCUACAUUUGAUUGAACAAAAAAUUUCCAAAUGGAAUCCACUCAAUAAUUUACGGAAAAAAAGUAAUGGGAGUUCGAACGAUGAUUCUAAAAAAACCAAUGAUAAUCGUAAAGUUUCAAAUGAAAUAAUAAGUAAUAAUAUAACUACCAAAACUACUCCAUCUGGAUUAGCGAAGCAAGAUGUGACGGUGAUGGAAACUGCCAAAUUUAAUAGUAAAUUUAAAGAAAAUAAUGAUUAUAACCAACAGCCUGAAAGUUACCAAAAUCAAGAUAACUAUACUAGCAGGAAAAAUAAUAAACCACCUCCUCAUCAUUCAGAUAAUAAGAAGACUGAUAGAGUAAUAAGUCAGUAUAGUCUUCUAAAUUCAUCUAAGUAUCAAUUACCUGAACUUGAGACCGACGCGACUGGGUUUAAAAUUGAUUUGCCUGACAUUGAUGAUAACGAUAUUAAUCUCGAUGAUAAUUAUAACUAUAAUCAAAAACCUGUAGACAUUGGUGAAAAAAUGUAUUUGGGAACAGAUGCUCAACCUUCAGUCAGCCCCGUUAAAGAUCGUAAUUCGAAUACCAUAGAUGAAUUGCAGGAUAUGGUCGAGGACAUGAUUAAUGGUGAUGGUGAUAGUAAUACCAACAGAAAUAUAGAUGAUCUCGAUGUUUAUAAUCCAGCUUUUGCAUAUAGUGUGCAAAGACAAAAUGAGACUUUUGAAUCUCUAACAAAGUUUGACAAAUAUAAACCAUCUUCGAAGCGCGAUGAAAGUGAACAAUCAUUACAAGACAAUAGCUUAAUAAAUACAGAAAUUCCUAAUCUUGAAAAGCAAUAUGAUAGUCAAAAUGGUAGAGGUAGACCCACAAAUUCUCAAGCUUCUAUUCCUGGUUCAGCUUCUAAAGAAAGCUCGGGCUCGCCCGAUAGAGAAGCUUAUAGCCAAGGGAGUUAUCAAGUAUCUUCUAGAGAUAGUACAUCUAAUACAACAUCUCAAUCACCGAUUAGAAAACGAUCUCCCGUUAGAAACAUUGCAGGUCAAGGAUAUUCUCAGUCUCCUAUAAGAAGCGCAGGUUAUCACGGAAAUUUGCAACCUUAUGCUAUGCAAGAGCAAUCUCAAUCACCAGUUAAUUUACAAAAUAAUACAUCGAAUAUUUCUCAGAAUUCAAACGUUAUAUCGUUAAAUAAUCAAGGAAAUGAAAUGAGAGCAUUUGACAAUAAUAAUUACUCUAGUAAAAGUCCUUCACCUGGCUAUCCAAAACAGCAGCAACAAGGCCAAUAUGGAAUUCCAGGAGCAAUUAAAUUGACUUCACAAAAUGAUAGAUUAUCUGGUGAUACUAGAUAUAUCAAUAAUGGAGAUCCUUCUUCAGCAUCUCCAAACAUGAAGCCAAUAAUCCAAAAUUCUCAGUCUCCAAGCAAUAAUCAGCGCAAUCAACACCAGAACCCUUUGGGGAAUAAUAAUGCAAGUAGUAGCUUUCCACAGAAGCAGCACUAUUCACAAUAUCAUCCGCAGCAACAAGGCCCUCCUCAACAUUAUUCUGGAGAUAACUCUCAACGAGGUUAUCCUCAACAAGGUCUGCAACAAGAUCUGCAGAAAAUUCCCAUUCCAAAUGGUCCGCCUCAAGGCUUUCCUCAGCACGGUUCUCAACAUAGUCCUCAACAAGGUCACCAGCAGAGUUUCCAACAAGGUCUACAAAAAGGUCUUAAUCCACAGGCUACGCCCCAUGGGUAUCAGCAACAAGGAUAUUCUCAUCGUGGUCCAUACCAAGGUCCACAAAAGAGUCCUUCUCCAAAUGCUCCACAACAAGGUCCACAAAAAAAUCAUAUUCCAAAUGGUUUACAGCAAGGUUACCACCAACAAGGUCCUGCUCAAGGUCCUCCUCAAGGUUAUCCUCACGGUCAACAGAAAAGCCCUAAUCCACAGGUUAUGCCUCAAGGUUAUCCUCAACAAGGUUAUCCUCAACAAGGUUAUCCUCAGUCUGGCCUGCAAAAAAGCCCCACUCCGCAAGGUCCUCCCCAUGGCUAUCCUCAACAAAGCUACCCUCCACAGCAAGGCUAUUCUCAACAGGGGUUUAUACCGGACAACAUUCCAAUGUCUAAUGGUGGUAGAACUAAGCAUAUGAGUAUGACCCCACAAGCGCAGAAUGGAGAAAUGCCCUUUAACAAUUUCAUACCGCCAGCUGCAGGUCAUCCUAGUAAGUUACAUAGUGCUAAUUUGAACAAAACUAAAGGUAGAAAACAAUUGUAUAAUGACAUUAGAAGUGGUAACUUUGGUAUCUAA